AUGCAGCACGCAGCUUGCAGCACCACCUCAAGCACGACUCCAUCCGCGGAACGAACCAACAGGGGAACAUGGGAUGGAAGCAGAACCAGAAACAUCACGGAGCACGCUAAAACAUGCCUUCUCGGCAAUCCACUGCGACCUGAAAUCCACAGCACCGCUGCACCACACGACCAGGCCACCACACCUCCUGUCAACUACACGUGGGGCUCGAGAGCCCGUCUGCGCAUGGCCGCCAUGGGCCAAGGCCUUGCUUGCUCACGAGAGAGCCCCGGCGACUAUCCAGGACUAGAGCCCACACAAACUGCCCGACUCGACCAAGCCUCAAUGGAAAGGUACGAAUGCUCCGUACUGCCUACGCACCAUGACACUUCCUUUGCGGCGUCGCGGCGUCGCCCCCUCCUCCAUUCCCUUAGCCCUGGAGACACAUGGGAAGAGAGGAACCUCACCACAUGGGAUGGGUGGGACAAGACUGGAGAGUCCCACCUAUGCAGGAGCUAUGUUCGUGCGCGCUGCACCCAACUGGACACCUGCUCUGGCUAA